CACGCACCCACGGCAGGGGCAUCGAGGAGCCCGCAGGCGGACGGCAGCACUUUGACACCUGCCUCCGCGCCCAAUUCCCUCCGCUGGUCUCCCUCCCUCCUCUCCGCCAUUCCCCAGGCGUGCGCUGCGCUGUCAAUUGCGUCGCUCCGACUCUCGGACCUCUCCGCUCGCCGGAGCACUCGCCAUCCGUCGCCGGGCACCCGCUCCGUUGAAGCGUGAGCGUAAUCCUCGCCCCCAUAUUCCAAGGUUCGAGAUCUGUCGUUUAUAGAACGGCGGCACAGCCACCCCACCGCGUCACCCCAUGCCCAAAACCCUCUGAGCGCCGCCAUCCUCCUCGCUGAAUCAACUUCGGCGCAGACACCAUGUUUGGAUUCCUCACAAGCCGCUGGCAGGGCGCCAGCGGAGCUCAAAACGCGCGUCCCGGCUGGUUCGACCGCGGUGUCUCCCCGAUCCUACUCUCCAUUGCGAAGAAGGCAUGCACCCAUCCAAUACACACCAUCGUCACAAUCGCGUUCCUGGCAAGCUACUCGUACUUGGGCGUCCUUGACAAGGGGCUGCUGGAGCGGACUACGGACACGGCGGCCGGGAGCGUGGACUUUGCGACCCUGUUGGCAGGCAGCAAGCGACUGAGGGUUGGAGAAGAGACAGCGUGGAAAUGGGAGGUCGAAGAGGAUAGAGCAACACCGCAAGUUGGGCAGACAGCCCACGAGGUCGCUCUAGUAACGCUGGUGUUCCCCGAGUCGAGCGCCAUCAAUUCGGCCCCGUCCCAAAACGCAGUCCCCAGCAACGUCUCAGCCAAGCUUCUCCCUAGCUCUUCGACCUCGCUUUCUGCGAUUUCGCACGACACGUCAUUGGCUUAUUGCAUCCCCUUCGCCGAAGCGGCCGACUUCCUCACGGUCAUGCGGGAGAUCUCCGCGCCCGAGGAUGCGUCAGAGUCCCAUGGUUCGCAAGAAGAAGGCACCCACGAGGAGAAGAAGUGGAUCAUGAAAGCCGCUAAAAGCGGGAAUGCACCCGGUGGCGUCCGCAGCUGGGCGCGAGAGUCCUGGACCUCGUUCGUCGAUCUCCUCAAGAAUGCGGACACUGGCGACAUCAUCAUAAUGGCCAUGGGCUACCUUGCUAUGCAUCUGACCUUCGUCUCGCUGUUCCUCGCUAUGAGGCGGCUCGGAUCCAACUUUUGGCUUGCGACCGCCGUAUUGCUCCAGUCGGCUUUCGCUUUCCUGUUCGCGCUCGCAGUCACCGUCCAUCUCGGCGUUCCGAUCAACAUGGUUUUGCUUUCCGAGGGUCUGCCCUUCCUCGUCGUCAUAAUAGGAUUUGAAAAGCCCAUCGUCUUGACUAAGGCCGUCCUUUCUGCCUCGCUGGAUGCGCGACGGGCUGCCGAGGAAACCAGAGGUGAACCGCUCACUAUCCAGACUGCCGUGCAAACCGCCAUCAAGCAGACGGGUUUCGAGAUCGUUCGGGACUACUUUUUCGAAAUCCUGAUUCUUGUAGCAGGUGCCAUGUCUGGCAUCCAAGGGGGAUUGCGACAAUUCUGCUUCUUGGGCGCCUGGAUUUUGCUCUUCGACUCUCUCAUGCUCCUGACAUUCUACACAGCCAUCCUCACCAUCAAGCUGGAGAUCAACCGCAUAAAACGUCAUGUCGCGCUACGGAGAGCUUUGGAGGAUGACGGCGUGGACCGCAAGGUCGCAGAGAGUGUGGCGGCGAGCAACGACUGGCCGAGCAACAGCGAUGUCCAGUCUCGUUCGUCAACGGCUACCGUGUUGGGCAAGAAAAUCACUGUCCCUAAGUUCAAGGUCGUGAUGGUCGCGGGAUUCAUUCUGGUCAAUGUGUUGAACCUGGCGACGCUGCGAUUCGGCCUUACUUCGCCCAAAGCCUCCCGUAUCUCGGGGGUUGGCGCGGCACCUCCACUUGAUCCUUUCAAGGUCGCUGGAAGCGGGUUGGAUGCCAUCUACCAACAGGCUAAGAAUGCCGCGACCUCAACGAUUGUCACUGUCUUGAUGCCUAUCAAGUACGAGCUGGAAUAUCCGUCAGUGCACUACGCGAAGCCCCCUGUCAUGGAACCCGACUCACCUUUCGGUAACAACAUCAGCACCCAUUUCGUGGACGGCGUCCUCAAGAGCUUGGAGGACCCGUUUUUGAGCAAGUGGAUCAUUGCGGCGUUGGUUAUGAGCGUCGUUCUGAACGGUUAUCUCUUCAAUGCUGCUCGCUGGACGAUCAAGGAGCCGCAUCAGCCACUUGAGCCUCCUACUGCUUCCGAAAUUCAGGAUGGGGCGCCACCUACGCCGGCCAUGGGAAUCUCGCAUCAACAUAUGCCAUCUCCUCCCAUUACUCCCGGCCCUGAACAGCAAGCCGGCCGAGGUACGCUUCAGCCACUCACACAAAUCGUCCCACACCAGCAUCUGGCGCAACCACAAAUAAUCCAACCUGAGACCCAAAUGGCACCAAGCGAAGAGGAGCAGAAGCAACCAAAUCGGCCGAUGGCGUUCUUGGAGCAUGCGCUUAAGGAUAAACGUGCGCCAGCUCUUACGGACGAGGAGCUGAUCGAGCUGGCUUUGAAGGGGAAGCUUCCAGGUUACGCUCUGGAAAAGACAUUAGGAGACAAGACUCGCGCUGUCAAAAUUCGACGUGGCCUUGUUUCUCGGACACACGCAACCCGCGAGACGUCUACUCUGCUCGAGCACUCUCUGCUGCCUUACAAGGACUACAACUACGACCUUGUUCACGGUGCCUGCUGUGAAAAUGUCAUUGGCUAUCUACCUCUUCCUCUCGGUGUCGCUGGACCUAUUAUGGUCGAUGGUCAGAACUACUUCCUCCCCAUGGCUACUACUGAGGGUGUGCUGGUCGCCUCCACCUCCCGCGGCGCGAAAGCUAUCAACGCCGGUGGGGGCGUGACAACAGUCGUGACGGCCGACGGCAUGACCCGAGGACCUUGCAUUGGGUUCACUAGUCUUGCCCGCGCAGGUGCCGCUAAGAUCUGGCUUGACUCUGAGGAAGGUCAGCGCGUCAUGAAGAACGCCUUCAAUUCGACAUCUCGAUUCGCCAGAUUACAGUCGAUGAAGACAGCUAUUGCCGGUACGAAUCUUUACGUGCGCUUCAAGACCACGACUGGUGACGCCAUGGGCAUGAACAUGAUUUCGAAGGGCGUGGAGCAUGCGUUGACCGUCAUGGCCAAUGACUGCGGCUUCGAAGAUAUGAACGUCGUCACCGUCUCCGGAAACUACUGCACCGACAAGAAGGCAGCAGCUAUCAACUGGAUUGACGGCAGAGGCAAAGGCGUCGUGGCGGAGGCUGUUAUCCCUGGAAAUGUGGUGAAGUCGGUCCUCAAGUGCGACGUCGAGGAGCUGGUGCAAAUGAACAUCUCGAAGAACUUCAUCGGCUCGGCUAUGGCGGGAGCUAUGGGUGGCUUCAAUGCUCAUGCUGCCAAUAUUGUUGCGGCCAUGUUCCUCGCCACCGGACAGGAUCCUGCGCAGGUCGUCGAGUCCGCCAACUGUAUCACUAUCAUGAAUAACGUCAAUGGCAACCUCCAGAUCUCCGUGUCUAUGCCCUCGAUAGAAGUCGGCACAAUCGGCGGCGGCACCAUUCUCGAACCCCAAUCCGCGAUGCUUGACCUCCUUGGCGUGCGUGGAGCCCAUCCUACCUCUCCCGGCGACAACGCCAGGCAACUCGCUUGCGUAAUCGCCGCUGGCGUCCUUGCUGGAGAGCUGUCGCUCAACGCUGCGCUGUGUGCUGGCCAUCUCGUCAGAGCGCACAUGGCGCAUAACAGGAGCAAUGUGCCUAGCCGGGCUCCAACACCUGCUCCACAGACUCCCAUAGGCGCACAAACACCCGUUACUAGUGCGUUGACGGCUUCAUCGAGUGGACCAUUGCCGAGGCGGUGAACUUGUGGGCUGUAUACUCUAGGAGUCUGAGAAAAGAAAGCAUAAUACUAUACCCUGUCAUUUUGAUCGCUCGCUCGACUUUCUAUGUAGUAAGCGUUUGGGGCAUGGUGUUGGUGGGGCGCAGGCCCUCACGGUGUGGGCAUUCUCCGAAUAAAGACGCAUGUAGCAACCUCCCUGGAGACCUUCGCAGGCGCAUACGAAAGCACGGAUUAUAGUUCGCUCUUGAAUCUGGAGAAUUGCCUACCGCAAGGGGCAGGGGUAUCUUGAAAAAGAGACAGAUAGUAAUUAGCACGGGGCGCUUCGGUAGAAAGAAGAGCGGGCUUAGAAGCAUAUAUACUGCAUUUGCAUAUACGGGCGUUUUAGCUUCCACCUUAUAGAUAUUGGAAUAUCAAGACCUCUUUGCAC